UUCAUUCUGGAAGUGGAAGUGAAGAAAUUCACUUUACAAAACUACUGGUUGUGGCUUAUUGACGAGUCUAUGCAGCAAUAAAAAGGGAUGAAUAUUGAGAACAAUCAAUAGACAGUACAAAACACUGAGCUAUAGACUGGCGAGCGUUGUGCCAGCAAAAUGUCAGAUUCCGGAAAGAAAUCUAAAUCAAGUAGUGCGCGGAGCACUCCAAAACCUCCGCAGUCCCCUGCGGCAAGUAUUACUGCUGGUGCAGAACAGGAACAGCUGACCAAUGGUAAUGAGUUGUUACCAGCUGCUACGACCCCUGCCCCUGGGACCCCACUUCCGCCCACUGAAGGUCAGGAAGGAGAUAUCGUACCAGCAACGGAUGGGGAGAUCAUCCCAGUGGAAGAGGGUGAAGAAAAAGAUGGAGAGGAGGAAGAAACCAAGGAGGAAGAAAAACCAACAGUUUCUGUGAAAGAACUCAUCAAACAGCGAAUCAAUCUUCCAAAUGUAACCGAUGAGAUGUGGCAAGAUAAACAUGAUGACAUGAUGGACAUCUUCAUCGAGAACUCCCAUCGUCUUUUGGUCGUGUACCUUGACUCGAUCAACGGACUAGUCAUGGAGCAUAACAUCCCCACGCACAGUGUCGACCAGCUGACGUAUUUUAUCAAGACCGAGAAACAGGAGGGGCCAAUCUCUCAUGAUGUAUUUUUGAAGACAGUCCAAUAUGGUACAGUCCGAGCUAAUCAUAUUGAGAGUUUGCUCCGACUCAUGAUGGGCAUUUAUGCGCCGAUAUUUUUCGAGAAUACGUCGUGGCCCGACAGUAUCAAGAAUGACUUCUCCGCUCAACUGCACAAGUUUCUUGCAAGUCUCACGGACACCCGCUGGAAAAUGGAGGGAAAAACCGUCCUGUAUGUGCCAAGUGAAGGCAAACAGUUCAACUCUGAGGUCGCUGCAAAAAAUAAGGAGUUAGUCCAACGACUUGAAACUGCCAUGAUUCAUUGGACCCGCCAGAUCAAAGAAGUGUUGAGUUCCCAGGAUGCAUUUGAAACCGCCGAAAAUUCCGGCCCUCUUGAAGAGAUCGAAUUCUGGAAGAAUCGCUGUGCUGAUUUAUCUGGUAUUAGUCAACAGUUGGAUAAACCUGGCGUCAAGAAAAUCACCGAGAUUUUGCAGUUGGCGAAGUCGUCAUAUGUUGUGCCUUUCCUGAAGUUAUCGUCACAAAUCAAGGAAGGUUCACAUCAAGCUCAAAGCAACCUCAAAUUCCUCCUGGUUCUGAAAGACCCCUGCUUCGAGCUAGCCGACGCCAAACCGAAAGACAUCCCUGUUAUGAUCCCAAAGAUCCUCAACUUGAUCCGAAUGAUCUGGGUCAACUCCGAGUUUUACAAGACGAGGGAACGAUUGACUGGUAUUUUGAGAAAGCUGAGCAACGAAAUUAUCCGUCGUUGCUGUAAGGAGAUCUCACUGGAUCGCAUCUUCGAUGGUUACGUCCAGUCGAGCAUGAAGAGUUUGAACGAUUGCAUCACGUGCUGUCAAGCGUGGAAGGACUGCUAUCAGAGGACGGCCAAGCUCCACCACAAGUUCUCACCAAGCGGCUGGGUGUUGGACCAGAGCAGUAUUUUCGCACAGGUUGAUGCGUUUGUGCAGAGGUGCAGAGAUCUAAUCGAGGUUUGCGAGUGUCAGAUUCACUUUGCAAGAAUGGAGGAUGGAAACAAGACCGACAUGCCUCACUUCUCUGGAGUCCGGGGACCAGAAAUAGCCCGCAGCCUCCUCGAGAUUGAAGCCACAUUCGAAAGGAACUUGAAUAUCCUGAAGGAUGUCAAGAAAACAAUCUUGGAUGUCAAGGCGACAACGUGGCAUGACGACUAUAAUAGAUUCCGCGCUGGUAUCAAGGACCUGGAAGUGAUGAUGCAGAAUGUAAUCACGUCUGCUUUCGAGACAGUCACGACAGUUGAACAGGGAAUUGAACUUCUGGAUGUCUUCAUGCAUCUGUCUUCAAGAGAGGCAAUCAAGCGAACCAUCGACAAGAAGACCGUGGAGACCUACCAACUCUUAAAUGACGAAUUGAAUGCCGUGAAGAAGGAAUUGACGCAGAAGUCCGUCCCACUGCCGUUCCAGCAUCCAAAAUACUCCGGCUCUGCUCACUGGUCUCGGAUGCUCAAGAAGAGGAUCGAGAGAAACAUGAUGAUUUUGGACCGUGCCCACUUCUUGCCUCAGAUAGGUUCUGGAGAAGAGACAAGGACCCAGUAUCAGCAGCUGUGCUCAGCUCUGGAUGAAUACGUCAGGAAGACAUUCCAUGAAUGGACGCAGUCAUUGGACAGGGAGCCCAUGAAACUCCUCGAGGUACCCCUGAUGUGCCGCAGUCUGGAGAAACAAGCCAUGAUCGAUACGAACUUCAACCGGAGUCUGUUGAAGUUGUUCCAGGAGUGCCACUACUGGGAGAGAUUGGUCUUCGAGAUUCCACAUUUCGCAAAUGAUGUGUACGCUCGCAGUGAUGAGCUUCGAGUUACGCGGGAGAACGUGUUGUUAGUGGUCAGGGAUUAUAACAGGAUCAUAGCUGCCCUGUCCCAAGAAGAGCGAGGGUUGUUCCGUGAAAGGAUACGUUUCCUGGACAAGAAGAUUCAUCCAGGUUUGACGAAGCUGACGUGGGCAUCUAAAGGCAUUACAGAUUACUUCAUUGUCGAGUGCCGACAGCAUGCUAGCAAGAUCCAAGCUAUCGUCGACGACUAUAAGGGCGCCAACAUGAACAUCUCCAAAGAUUGCAAACGAAUCAGCGAGAACUUACUAGUCAAGAUCGACAGCAAGAAGGUUUACGAGAAUAUGCAGUUUGAUGACGAUCAGCAGCACCAUCGGUCGAUGGUCGCGAAGAAGCUGCAAGAGAUCCAUGCGGAGGUGAUCGGGAUGAUGAGAAAGACGUUCGAGACUUUCAGAGGCGAUGGGAACGAGGUUCAGCAGCAUUGGCAUCUCUACACGGAAAAGAUGGACCGCAUGGUUGAGGAAGCGUUCAGACUCAACGUUAAGUGGUCCCUGCAGGAACUCUCCAGGGCCAUCAAUGGGGAUGGAAAAAGUGCCCCGAACCCUCUCUUCAGGGUCAAGGUUGUCUUGGAAGGAACUACUGUUGAAUUCUCGCCUACCCUUGUCCAGCUUGCUACCAGUGUUGGAAGCAUUGGUCCACAUCUGACCCAUGCCAUCUCUGGUAUCCAGAGGUUGCCUGACAUAUUGACAAGGAAGAAGUCGAAUAAGGCGCCGAUCCAUGACAUGAUUGCAAGAGACGAAGAAACGAAAAAGAUCCAAGGUGUCAUAAACGCCGGCAUGACAGCGAAUGCAACGAACCUCCAACAGUACCUGAGCACGUGGGAUAACUUUAGGGAGAUCUGGGAGAUCCAGAAAGAUCAGUUCAUCAGACGAUAUCAGAAGUUGAACCCCCAUGUGUCGUCGUUUGAUGCAGAUAUCGCAAGAUACACUGAGGUAGCCAACCACGUCCAAACCCAGGAGACGAUCCUGAACAUCCAGUUCGUCCUCCUCGACUGCUCGCCGCUCAAGUUUGCCAUCCUGAGCCACUGCCAAGAGUGGCAGAACAAGUUUACGACGCUGCUUCGAGAAAUUGCCACCAGCAAGUUACAGGGUCUUCACCAGUUCUUACAUGAUAUGGGAGAAAAAGUCAUCAAACCUCCUCAGACGCUGGAUGAGCUGGGUGAAAGUCUCAACCUCUGGGAUGAGCUGACUAAUGACAAACCGAACAUUGAAGCAAAGUUCUCGCCUCUGUACGAACAGUUUGCCAUUUUGGAGAAAUAUGAGGUUCCUAUACCUGAAGAGGUAUCAGACAAGCUGAACAGCCUUAGUGGUGAGUGGGUCAGUUUCCAACAGACGCUGAUCGAUGCAGACGUCAUGCUGAAAAAGCACAAGGAGAAAUUCAAAACGUCACUCCUUGCCCAGUCGGACGAAUUCAAGAAACAAGUCGCAAACUUGGUACACGAUUUCCACUCGAAGGGACCGUUCACUAGCGCGAUUCCGACGGACGAGGCUCUUGGGCAGAUCGAGGAGUACCACGGCCAGCUGGAUGCACUUAAAAAACAGGAGGCGAUGAUAAGGAAGGGGCUGAAUAUCUUCAAGAUUGAUCAGCCUCCGUCCAAGGACGUGGCCGCGCUGGAGAAGGAUCUUGAGUACAUUGAGACCAUCUGGAACAUCACCAAGGACUGGGAGAACAACUGGGGAGACUGGAAAGUUGGCAAGUUCACCGAGCUGCAGACGGAAGAGAUGGAGACCCAGUCGCAGGCUCUUUACAAGAAGUUGAACAAGCUCAGUCGAGAACUCAAGGAUAAAAACUGGGAAAUUGUCGAGAUGAGCAAGCACAAGGUGGACCAGUUCAAGAGGACCAUGCCGCUCAUUAACGAUCUGAAGAACCAUGCCAUGAGAGAACGUCAUUGGGAUCAGAUUAGGACUGAGAUGGCCAAAUCGUUCGACCCGAAGGCAGAAGAGUUCACGCUGGAGAAGAUCAUCGAGUUUGGCUUUGACCAGUACUCGGAACAGAUCAACGACAUAUCAGGUGCUGCGAGGAAGGAGUUGGCCAUUGAGCAGGCUCUUGAGGCGAUCGACCAAACCUGGGAGGUCAUUGAGCUAGACAUUAUCACGUACAAGGACAAGGGACAUUUCAAACUCAGGGGAACAGAUGAGGUCUUCCAGGUUCUUGAAGACGGCCAGGUCCAAUUGUCUACGAUGAAGGCAUCGCGGUUCGUCAAGGCCUUCGAACAGGACGUGGAUCGGUGGGAGAGGACGCUCUCUCAUAUCCUUGAGGUGAUCGAGAUGGUGCUGACUGUACAGAGACAGUGGAUGUACUUGGAGAAUAUCUUCCUCGGUGAAGACAUCCGGAAGCAGCUUCCUCGAGAAUCGGCGGAGUUUGACGAGGUGAAUGCCAACUGGAAGGUGAUCAUGACCAGGAUUAACAAGGAUAGGAAUGCUCUGAGAGGCACACAUUUCAAAGGAAUGCUCGAGACUCUUAACGACAUGAACUUGAAGCUGGAAGAGAUCCAGAAAUCGCUCGACAUGUACCUCGAGACUAAGCGACAGAUCUUCCCGCGUUUCUACUUCCUGUCCAAUGAUGACUUGCUCGAGAUUCUCGGCCAGUCGAAGAAUCCAGAAGCGGUCCAACCUCAUCUUAAAAAAUGUUUCGAUAACAUCAAGACGCUCAAGAUGAGCAAGACCGGAAUUGCCCAGAAAUACGAAGCGGCUGGCAUGUUCUCCGCAGAUGGUGAAUAUGUUGAGUACAGCCACCCAGUGAUGCUGGAUGGUCCAGUCGAGGCCUGGCUGUGUGACAUCGAGAGGGCCAUGAGGUGGAACUUGAAGGAAAGCUUGAAAAACGUCCGCGUUGCUCUGAAGAAGAAUCUCAACAAGCGAGACAAGUGGAUGAAGGAAUGGGCAGGUCAGUUGUGUAUCACAUCCAGUCAAAUCCAAUGGACAGCAGACGUCACAAAAGCCUUGGCAACAACAAAAGAACGCGGCGACAAACGCGCCUUAAAAAGCAUGAAGAAAAAACAGGUGGCAAUGCUGAAUAAGUUCUCUGAGGCGAUUCGUGGAAAUCUUUCCAAGAUUCAGCGGUUGAAGGUUGUGGCUAUCGUAACUAUUGAGGUGCACGCACGUGACAUCAUUGAGAAGCUGAUCAAGUCGGGAUGUAACGACGUGACGGCGUUUGAGUGGCUCAGUCAGCUCCGGUUCUACUGGGAUAGGGAAAUAGAUGACUGUGUCGUACGCCAGACCAACACACAGUUCCAGUACGGCUACGAAUAUCUCGGCAACUCUGGUCGUCUCGUCAUCACCCCGCUGACCGACAGGUGCUACAUGACCCUGACCACCGCCCUCCAUCUCCACCGAGGAGGAAGCCCCAAAGGUCCUGCCGGUACCGGCAAGACUGAGACUGUCAAAGAUCUGGGCAAGUCGCUUGGCAACUACGUCAUCGUUGUGAACUGCUCCGAGGGUCUUGAUUACAAGUCGAUGGGUAGGAUGUUCUCUGGUUUGGCACAGACUGGUGCCUGGGGUUGCUUUGACGAGUUCAACCGUAUCAACAUUGAGGUACUCUCCGUCGUCGCCCAGCAGAUCCUGUCAAUCCUGUCAGCCCUAGCCGCUGCGUCUACGCGAUUCGUCUUUGAGGGACGUGAGAUCAAUCUCGUCUGGUCAUGCGGUAUCUUCAUCACCAUGAACCCUGGUUACGCCGGCAGGACGGAGUUACCUGAUAACUUGAAGUCCAUGUUCCGACCCAUCUCCAUGGUAACGCCAGACUCUAACCUGAUUGCUGAGAUCAUCUUGUUUGCUGAAGGUUUCAGUAACACUAAGAUUCUUGCCAAGAAGGUCUACACUCUCUACUCUCUAGCCGUCCAACAACUCUCGCAUCAAGAUCACUACGAUUUCGGUCUCCGUGCCCUGGUGUCCGUCCUGAGGUAUGCUGGCAGAAAGAAGCGUGCCAAUCCAAACAUGCCCGAUGAAGAGCUCCUCCUAUUGUCCAUGAAGGACAUGAACGUGGCCAAGUUGACCGCCGUUGAUCUGCCGUUGUUUAACGGCAUCAUGUCUGAUCUGUUCCCUGGUGUGGAAUCGCCCGUUAUGGACUAUAGCAAGCUCAAAACUGCCAUCGAAGCCGAACUGAAGGCGGUCAACCUACAGUGUACGUCUCACAGCGUCACCAAAGUCAUACAGCUGUACGAGACGAAGACGUCGCGUCAUUCCGUCAUGAUCGUUGGAAAGACACAGUCGGGUAAGACUGUCACGUGGAAGAUUCUACAGGCAGCCAUGGCGAGGCUGUGCAAAGGUGGUGACCAGACCUAUCAGAAUGUUAAGGAGUACCCAUUGAAUCCCAAAGCCCUCUCCCUGGGUGAGCUGUACGGUGAAUUUGAUCUUAACACCAACGAAUGGACGGACGGUGUGCUUUCGAGUGUGAUGAGAACAACUUGUGCUGAUGAGAAGCCUGAUGAGAAAUGGUUGCUGUUUGACGGCCCGGUCGACACCCUCUGGAUCGAGAGCAUGAACUCUGUCAUGGACGACAAUAAAGUGUUGACGCUCAUCAACGGGGAGCGUAUCGCCAUGCCCGACCAGGUGUCGCUACUGUUCGAGGUGGAAGAUCUUGCCGUCGCAUCCCCGGCCACCGUCUCCCGUUGCGGUAUGGUCUACAAUGAUUACAACGGCUUGGGUUGGCAGCCGUAUGUCGACAGCUGGUUAGAGAGAAAAGCAAAUAAGUCCAGCAAGCAAUAUCAAAAGACGAUGGUUGAGGAACUGCGUCGCCUCUUUGACAAGUACCUCGUGAAGAUCAUGGACUUUGUCAGACUCAACUGUCAAGAACUCGUCCCCAUUUCUGAGCUGAAUGGCGUCAUUUCACUCUGUAAACUAUUCGACUCCCUGGCUACUGUCGAAAAUGGGGUUGACCCCAAUGACCCCGAUAACUACGUCCGUAUGAUUGAGCUCCUCUUCCAAUUCUGUAUGAUCUGGUCAAUCUGCUGCUCCGUCGAUGAAGACGGCAGAAAGAAGAUCGAUAACUACAUCCGAGAGAUGGAGGGAACGUUCCCCAACAAGGACACCAUUUAUGAGUAUUUUGUGGACCCAAAGAAUAAGACCUGGGUCCACUGGGAAGAGAAGCUGAGGGGUGGUUGGAAGUUCAGUGCAAAUACUCCAUUCUAUAAGUUAGUCGUACCAACAGUGGACACCGUCCGAUACAACUACAUUGUCUCCAACCUACUCACCAAUCUCAACCCCGUCCUCAUGGUUGGCCCAGUCGGAACAGGGAAGACAUCAAUUGCCCAAAAUGUCCUUGGAAAACUUGAUUCCAAGACGUACAGUGUCUUGACUAUCAACAUGUCUGCACAGACAUCAUCAAACAAUGUCCAAGACAUCAUCGAGAGUCGAGUUGAGAAGAGGACCAAGGGUGUCUACGUGCCAAUUGGUGGCAAGAAACUGCUGACGUUCAUGGACGAUUUCAACAUGCCCGCCAAGGACACGUUCGGCUCCCAGCCGCCAUUGGAGCUGAUGAAGAUGUGGUUAGAUUAUGGGUUCUGGUACGACAGGAUGAAACAGGUCAUGAAAUAUGUCAAGGACAUGUUCUUGUUGACUGCUAUGGGUCCCCCUGGUGGUGGUCGUAUGGUCAUCUCUCGUCGUCUGCAGAGUCGAUUCAACCUCAUCAACAUGACCUUCCCUCAGGAGUCACAGAUCAAGCGUAUCUUCGGCACGAUGAUCAACCAGAAACUCCAAGACUUCGAGGAAGAAGUCAAACCGAUUGGUGACGUCGUUACUCAGGCGACCAUCGAGAUGUACAACGCGAUCGUGACGAAGUUCCUUCCGACUCCAGCGAAGAUUCACUACCUCUUCAACUUGAGGGAUAUUUCAAAGGUAUUCCAAGGCAUGCUCCGUGCACAUAAAGACUACCAUGACACCAAGGCGGCCAUAACCAGACUCUGGAUCCACGAGUGUUUCCGUGUUUUCUCCGAUCGUCUGGUCGACGCCAGUGAUAACGAGGCGUUCAUAACUAUAAUGGCGGAUAAGCUUGGUGUACUCUUUGACCAGACGUAUCACAAUAUUUGUCCGAAUAAGCAGCCUCCGAUCUUUGGUGAUUACAUGAGCACAGACAGCAUCUAUGAAGACAUCACGGACAUCAACGCUUUGAAGAAACACAUGAUGGAGAUGUUGACUGAUUAUAAUGAAACCCCUGGAGUGGUUGCCAUGGAUCUUGUUUUGUUUAGGGAUGCUAUUGAGCAUGUGUCAAAGAUCGUGCGUGUGAUCCGUCAACCCCGUGGGAACAUGCUACUGAUUGGAAUCGGAGGCAGUGGGCGACAGAGUUUGGGCCGUCUGGGCGCACAUAUGUGCGAAUAUAAGACGUUCCAGAUUGAAGUCACAAAGCAUUACAGGAAACAGGAAUUCAGAGACGAUUUGAAGCGCCUCUAUUUCCAAGCCGGUGUGGAAAACAAACCCACUGUCUUCCUUUUCAACGAUACGCAAGUCGUUGAAGAAUCCUUCCUUGAAGACCUCAACAAUGUCCUGAGUAGCGGAGAGGUGCCAAACCUUUACAAAGCUGAUGAAUUUGAAGAGGUACGAACAGCUUUGGCAGACGCCGCAAAGGCAGACGGCAUCGAUGACACCCCGCAGAACAUGUUCGCCUAUCUAAUCGAUCGCGUCCGCGCGAACCUCCAUGUCGUACUCUGCAUGAGUCCGGUCGGUGAGACGUUCAGGAACCGUAUUCGUAUGUACCCGGCAUUCGUCAACUGUACGACGAUCGAUUGGUUCUGUGAGUGGCCGGGAGAUGCUCUGUUGGAGGUCGCGGAUAAAUACCUAGAGAGCGUCACAAUGGCGACUGAGGAAGAAGAAAAGUUGAAGCCGAAUCUUUCAAAGAUUUUUGCACUGAUGCACAAGUCCGUCAUCGACUACUCUGGGAAGAUGUUUCUGGAGUUGAAAAGGCACAACUAUGUCACACCCACGAACUAUCUGGAGCUGGUAGCUGGAUACAAAACGUUGCUGUACGAAAAGCGCAAACAGCUCGGAGACGCCGCCAACAAGUUGAAGAAUGGUUUGAGCAAGAUUGACGACACACGUACCAAGGUCGAGACGAUGUCCGUCGAGUUGGAGGUCGCGAAGACGAAGGUGGCACAGUUUCAGAAGCAGUGCGAGGAGUACCUCGUCGUCAUCGUGCAGCAGAAACGAGAAGCUGACGAACAGCAGAAGGCUGUGGCACAGAAGAGUGAGAAGAUUGGAGAGGAUGAAGUGAGGUGCAGACAUAUGGCAGACCUCGCCCAGCAAGAUUUGAAUGAGGCUGUACCUGCGCUUGAAGAAGCUAUGAAGGCUCUUGAAUCUUUGAACAAGAAAGAUAUCGGCGAGAUCAAGUCGUACGGCCGGCCGCCACAGCUUGUCGAGACCGUCAUGCAGGCUGUCAUGAUCCUACGAGGACAAGAACCAUCCUGGGGGGAGGCAAAGAGGCAACUCGGCGAUCAAAACUUCAUCAAGCAGCUCGUUAACUUUGACAAAGACAACAUCAGCGAUCGUAUUUUGAAGAAAAUCGGCCAAUACUGCUCCCAGCAAGAUUUCCAACCUGAUAUCAUUGGUAGGGUGUCCUCGGCAGCCAAGUCGCUAUGCAUGUGGGUGCGGGCGAUGGAGGUGUACGGACGUAUCUACAGGGUUGUGGAGCCCAAGAGGAACAGGCUGAACCAGGCUAUGGCAGUCUUGAAGGAGAAGCAGGACCAGUUAGCUGAUGCCAAGGCCAAGUUAGCCGAGGUCGAGCAGAAGAUGACCGAUCUGAAAUUAGCAUAUGAAGAGAAGCUUGCCCAGAAAGAAGACUUGAGGAAGAAGGCCGAGCAGACGGAGAUGAUGUUGGAUCGUGCGGCCAAGCUUGUGGCAGGUCUGGCUGGAGAGAAGGUCCGAUGGGAAGAGACUGUCGCGAGUUUGGAGAUCCAGAUGGGCUUCCUGUCCGGUGACUGUUUGGUAGCUGCAGCCUUCUUGUCUUACAUGGGGCCGUUCUUAUCCAACUACAGGGACGAGAUUGUACAGAAGAUCUGGCUAGCUGAGAUCAACAAGCUUGCAGUGCCAUGCAGCCCGGAUUUCAACUUCUGCGAAUUCAUGGUCAAGCCGACCCAAGUACGUGACUGGAACCUCCAGGGCCUGCCAAGUGACGGCUUCUCGACUGAGAACGGCGUGAUUGUGACGAGGGGGAGUCGGUGGCCGCUGAUGGUCGAUCCGCAGGGUCAGGCUAUCAAGUGGAUCAAGAGUAUGGAGUCGUCCAGGGGCCUGAAAGUGAUCGAUUUACAGCAACAUGACUACAUGAGAACUCUUGAGACGGCCAUCCAAUACGGCAUGCCGGUACUCCUACAGAACGUCCAAGAGCGUCUGGAUCCGUCCCUCGAUCCCGUCCUCAAUAAAUCCCUCGUCAAAAUAGGUGGUGCCUACAUCAUCAGGCUAGGCGACAAGGAGAUUGAGUACAAUCCUGACUUCCGGUUCUACAUCACGACCAAGCUCAGUAACCCGCACUAUACGCCAGAAAUCUCGACCAAAACGACGAUUACAAACUUUGCUGUCAAACUGCAAGGUCUUGAGGCUCAGCUUCUUGGUAUCGUUGUGCGAAAAGAACGACCAGAACUUGAACAGCAGAAGGACAAACUCGUCAUCAACAUCGCCGAAGGGAAGAAGAAGAUCGUUGAACUAGAAGACAAGAUUUUGAAAUUAUUGAAUGAAGCGCAGGGCUCGCUCCUUGAUGAUGAGCAGCUCGUCAACACUCUGCAGGACUCCAAGAAGACAUCGCAGGACGUGACGGAGCAGCUGCAGACCUCUGAGCAGACGGAGGUCAAGAUUGAUGCUGCAAGAGAGGGUUAUCGGCCAUGUGCCCAGCGAGCGUCCAUUCUCUUCUUCGUGUUGAACGACAUGGGCCGCAUCGACCCCAUGUACCAGUUCUCCCUGGAUGCGUACAUCGAACUGUUCAAUCUAUCCAUCGACAAGUCAUCAAGAAGUGCUAAGCUGGAAGAACGGAUUACAAAUCUCAAUGAUUAUCAUACAUUUGCUGUGUACAGGUACACUUGCCGAGGUCUGUUCGAGAGGCACAAGUUGCUCUUCUCCUUCCAAAUGUGUGCCAAGAUUCUGGAGGCGUCCGGCAAACUCAACAUGGAUGAAUACAGCUUCUUCUUGAGAGGCGGACUUGUACUCGACCGAGAGAACCAAAUGGACAACCCUUGUUCGGCCUGGUUGACCGACAUGGCUUGGGAUAACAUCACAGAGCUUGACAAGUUGGCGAACUUCCACGGUCUGAUCACGUCGUUUGAGCAGUAUCCUCGAGACUGGAAUAUCUGGUAUACAGCAUCAGAGCCGGAGACAGCAGGACUGCCUGGUGAAUGGGAUAACGCCUGCAAUGAACUCCAGCGCAUGUUGAUAGUGCGGUCACUGCGUCCAGACAGAGUGUCCUUCUGUGCCACAUCGUUUAUCAUCAAUAACUUGGGCCUAAAGUUUGUCGAGCCGCCCGUCCUGGACAUGCACCAAGUCGUGGAGGACUCGACUACGAGGACGCCACUCAUUUUUGUGUUGUCUCCCGGAGUUGAUCCUACCAGUGCCCUGCUCCAGUUGGCGGAGACCAGCAACAUGGCUCACCGAUUCCAUGCCCUGUCUCUAGGUCAAGGUCAAUCUCCCAUAGCAACCAGGAUGAUAAGAGAGGGAGUGAAAGAGGGUAACUGGGUGUUCCUGGCCAACUGUCACUUGUCCCUGAGUUGGAUGCCCCAGCUGGACAAGCUGGUCGAACAGCUCCAGAUUGAGGACACUCAUCCCCAGUUCAGGCUCUGGCUCAGCAGUAGCCCCAACCCGGAGUUCCCCAUCGCCAUCUUACAAACCGGUAUCAAGAUGACCACCGAACCCCCCAAGGGUCUGAAAGCCAACAUGAAGCGUCUCUACCACUUGGUGACUGAGCAACAAUUCUCCCGCUGCCACAAACAAGACAAGUAUAAGAAGUUGCUGUUCGCUCUCUGCUUCUUCCACUCCGUCUUACUCGAGAGGAGGAAGUUCUUGAUGCUCGGCUGGAACAUCCGAUACGACUUCAACGACUCGGACUUCGAGGUUUCUGAGAAUCUACUCAGCAUCUACCUCGAUGAGUACGAAGACACACCGUGGGAUGCCUUGAAGUACCUGAUUGCCGGCAUCAACUACGGAGGUCAUGUGACUGACGACUUUGAUCGUCGUCUGCUCUUGACGUAUAUCAAUGAAUACUUCCUCGAUGCCACCAUUAGCACACAGUUUUUCAAGCUUUCCAUCCUACCAACCUACUACGUGCCAAAGGACGGCCCCCUCUCCUCCUACAAGGAGUACAUCAGCAUGCUGCCUAACAUCGACCAUCCUGAAGUGUUCGGCCAGCAUCCCAAUGCCGACAUCACCUCACAGAUCCAGGAGACGAGGAUGCUGUUUGAGACGUUGCUGUCGCUGCAGCCACAGGUGUCCGCCGCUAAGGGAGAGAGUCGAGAGGACCAGGUAUUGGAGCUUGGUGCAAACAUCUACAAACAACUCCCAGAGAACAUCGACUAUGAAGGAACUGCCAAAAUCCUCUCAGUAGAUCCGUCCCCGCUGAACGUCGUCCUACUCCAAGAGAUUCAGCGUUACAACGCCCUGCUCGACGAGAUCAGGUCGCAGUUGGAGGACCUUGAAAAGGGCAUCCAAGGCUUGGUGGUUAUGUCGUCAGAGCUCGAGGACAUCUUCCAAUGUAUCUACGAGGCCAGAGUUCCACCAUCUUGGCAGAAGGCUUACCCAUCCAUGAAGCCCCUGGCCUCCUGGACCAGAGACCUAGUGGCCCGUGUGGAGCAGUUCUUCAAGUGGGCCCAGCGUGCGCAUCCCCCCAUGAUCUUCUGGAUGUCCGCCUUCACGUUCCCGACUGGUUUCCUCACAGCUGUGCUCCAGACGUCUGCUAGAUUGAACAAUGUGUCAGUCGAUUCCCUCGCGUGGGAGUUCACCGUCAUGACCAUAGAUGACAGUAACAUCACUGGUGCUCCAAAGGAUGGCGUACUCAUCAAAGGACUGUUCUUGCAAGGUGCUGGCUGGGAUAUGAAGAAUGCCUGCCUGAUCGAAGCCAACCCCAUGCAGCUUGUCUGCCAGAUGCCGACUGUCCAUUUCAAGCCUGCUGAGCAGAGGAGGAGCAAAACGAGUCGAGGUAUCUACAGUUGCCCAUGUUACUACUUCCCAAACCGUGCCGGAUCAACGGGACGUGCGUCGUUCGUGGUCGCAGUCGACCUGAAGGCCGGUGAGAAGAACUCAGACCACUGGACCAAGAGAGGCACUGCUCUGCUGAUGAGUUUGGAUGCUUAGGCUAAUCAGUCGCAUUAACCCUUUCACUGCGGAAGCCAUUUUUCAGCCUGAACCAGGCUGUGUGCAGUGGAGAGUAAUGAACAGUGCUUACUUUGAUCUAAAGAGACAAUGACAUUCACAAGUGUUGCCAUCUAGUAUUUCACUCAGAGUAAUGUUUCCCGGGUGAGUGUGGCAUGUGUAGAGAGACUGGCCAUGUGCUGUCAUAAAAUGUGAUAAAGAAUUCUACAUGCUUAUCCUGUCAUUGAAUAUAACCCAAGCUUGAAUCAACUGUUAAUUUGUGCUACUCAUCAAGUUAUAUUUCUUAAAUUCCGUCCACACUUUCAUAGAUUUAAUUAAGGAAAUUGUUCUGUCAAAAUCAAUUUCUUUUUCACUUUAUCAAUUUAUGACUGAAUUCCGUCCGUGAUAGUACACUGCUGCAAAUCAUAAUAUGGAUUAUUUCACUCCUUAUUUACCUGCUACCAAAAAUACAUAAGGCAAGCAGAAGCUUCAAAUAUUGGCAGAGAGGCCUUUUUUUGUCCCCACCCUGGUUCUAUAUGUACACAGUCAGAGAGUCAGUUAAAGAUGCUGCUACUAUCACUCAUUGUAAUGAAAGACUGAAAGAACAAGCUUCCUGCCUUUGUAGUUAUGAAAUGAAACCUUUUCCUAAAUCCGUCCUUUCUUUUUGAAUCAUGUUGUAUUGAUUUACUAUGUUUAGUUCAGUCAAAUCUAAAAUAAUCUUAUGCUUAAAAUCUGCCCAAAAACCGGUCCAUUGAUGAUGUAAAUAAACUGCUGAAUGCCAUAGUCUUGUUUGAAUGAUUUCCCUUGUUCAUUCCAUGAGUUUAUAUUGUUGUUAUUUGUAAAUAGUGUUGAAAUAUGUUUAUGAACUUUUGUAAGAAAAAUAAAAAAAGUUAAAUUAUUCAA